GUCUAUUUUAAUGGAUAUACUUUACAACAACUGGCAAUGAAGCGUGUAGAACGUCUUUAGAGAUUCGUAUAUAUAAACUGACUUUGAAGAUGACCACCAACGCCACGUGCGAUGUCAGCACGUACAUGUGUUCGGAUGUUGGAUUACUUUUACCAUUAAUUAAUGAAUAUACAUGGCCAAUUCCUGGACGUGCCGCUAUAUAUUUCUUCGCGUUAUUGUAUUCCUUUUUAGGAAUAUCCAUAAUAGCAGACAUUUUCAUGGGAGCCAUAGAGACUAUAACAUCUCACGAAAAGACCAUUUUUAUUGCUGAUAUAGGGUCUGGCACCAAGGAAACCACUGUUAGGGUAUGGAACGGCACCGUUGCUAAUUUAACUCUUAUGGCUCUGGGAUCAAGUGCUCCGGAAAUCUUACUUUCUGUUAUAGAAAUAACAGGAAACCAAUUCAAAGCUGGUGCUCUUGGACCAGGAACUAUUGUAGGGUCUGCUGCAUUUAACUUAUUGUGUAUUACUGGCAUUUGUUUAAUGGCCAUACCAGACCAAGAAACGCGGCGAAUUGAAAGUAUAAAAGUGUUUGCUAUUACGAGCACAUUUUCAGUUUUUGCUUACAUUUGGUUGAUAAUUAUUUUAGUCUUUAUUUCUCCAAACUACGUAGAUGUAUGGGAGGCUGUUGUCACCUUCUUAAUGUUUCCAGUCAUGGUGAUUCUAGCUUAUAUAGCUGAUAAAGAUUUUUGUGGAAAAUCAAAAUCUGCCGUUAGUUCUAGUGAAUCUGAACUUGGAUUAGCAUUUGAAAGAGAUCCAGGCAAGAAUGUUAAAUUUGAUGUUGGUAAUAUUGUCCAUGCUGAUGAAGAAACUAUACUCAAAGUGCUUCGGAGGAUGGGUAGUAAAGCAAACCUUAGUGAAGAAGAUGAAGCUAAGAUUGCUGCUAAUAUCAUUGCUAAGAAUAUGUCACAUGGUCCAGGCUGGUAUAAAAUGAACGCUAUUCGACAAUUAACUGGUAGUGCCAAACUUGAACCACAGGUCAAUGAAAAACAAGGCGCGGUACUUGAGAAAAUAUUGAGUUCUGAAGAUUUCGGUUCAACUGGAACCUUAACCGAACUAACCCAGGGAGGAAGCUUAGGAGUUGUAGAAUUCGCUGCUACCUCUACAGCUGUUUUAGAAAAGGAAGGUCGAGCUAAAGUUAUUUUAAUGAGACAUGGAAAUACAGAACAUAGAGUUUUAGUCAGAAUCGAAACAAUUGAUGGAACAGCUGAAGCUAACUCGGAUUAUGUACCUGUUAAAACAACGAUUGUAUUAGAGCCGGGUGAAACAUCCAAACAUAUCGAUAUAGAGAUUAUCGAUGACAAUAUUUGGGAACCAGAUGAGGUUUUCUUUAUUAAAGCUAGCGUAGAAACCGAUCAACUAGCAGUGACUGGUACACGAUCCAUUUGUCAGAUAACUAUCUUAAACGACGAUGAGCCUGGAACGUUUGAGUUUGAGAAACCAAGUUAUGUAUUUAAAGAAAGUAUUGGUCUUGCUUGUGUUCCUGUUAUUAGAUCACAUGGUGCUGACGGUAGAGUCGUAGUAACAUGGAUGACAAAAAACAUGACGGCUAUCAAUAACAGAGACUUCACAGGGGGUGAAGGUGAACUCAUCUUUGAACAUGGUGAAAUGAGAAAAAUGGUGGAAAUUCAAAUUCACGAUGAUCAGGUGUUUGAGAAAGAUGAACAUUUUGAUCUGUCAAUAAUCAGAGUAUCUGAAGGUGCACAUAUUGGUCAAGUCAAGAGAACAAUUGUUACUAUAAUGAAUGAUGAUGCUUUUAAAGGGGUUGUUAGCCGCGUUGUGCAUCUUACAAACGCUAAUUUAGAUGCCAUGAGGUUAGAAACUGUGACAUGGUCUCAACAGUUUGAAGAAGCUAUGAAUGUUAAUGGUGGAGAUAUAGAGAAUGCUGGAGGUUUUGAUUAUUUUAUGCAUUUUCUAACAUUUGGUUGGAAGGUUAUUUUUGCUAUUGUUCCUCCUCCAUCUAUAUGGGGUGGUUGGUUAGCAUUUUUUACCUCCCUUGGAUUGAUUGGCGGAUUGACGGCUAUUGUUGGCGAUUUGGCGGGAACAUUCGGUUGUCUGGUAGGUUUAAAGGAUGAAGUCACCUCAAUCACAUUUGUUGCCUUAGGAACUAGUUUACCAGAUUUAUUUGCAAGUAAACAAGCAGCCGUCAGAGAAAAAUAUGCUGAUAAUUCUAUUGGCAACGUUACUGGAAGUAAUUCUGUCAACGUUUUCCUUGGCCUGGGCUUACCAUGGUUGAUAGCUUCUAUUUAUUGGACAUUAAAGGGUAAAACGUUUGCAGUGCCAGCAGGAUCGUUGAGUUUUAGUGUGGUACUUUACACCGUGUGUGCUUUAAUAGCUAUUGCUCUUCUGAUGGUCAGACGAUAUACAUCUAUAUUUGGGCGUGCUGAACUAGGUGGUCCUAAAGUUACCAAAUAUGUGUGUGCUGUGUUUUUAAUCUUCUUAUGGAUCUUCUACGUCAUAAUGUCAUCAUUACAAGUUUACGGUCACAUAAAGGUGAAUUUCUAAAGUACAGACUAUGAGCUAAAAUGCAUAUGAAAUUGCAUCAUAAAGGAAUAAAAUAAUUGUAUAUUUUUAAAGCUUCUGACUGAAAUAUCGGUAACCAAGCAUACUAAUUAAUAAAAAAAACAUUUUUAUGAAAGACUUAAUAGGUGAUUAAACUGGCAUUAGGUAAGAUUAGAUAAAGAGCUGACAGUUCUCGCUAUAAUAGUUUUUUAAAAAAGAUAGAUAAUGAAAACAGAAUAUGCUGAAAAUUCCAGUCAAACUGAUUCACCCUGAACCGAGAUAUUAGCGAUUCAAUUUUAGGCUAGCCUCAGUCGUCAUUACUAACGUUGGCACCAUAAAAAACAAAGUUUUGAUUAUCCAAUUUACGUUAAAUUAUCCAUCACAAAAUGUAUUCAAAUCCACUAAAUAUCGCGAGCUAACGAUGGCAUCGAGAAUUGAUUAUGGUCUGGAUAAGUUAAUUUAUGUCGAAGUAAUCAUUUAGAUAACAUUUCAGACCUAAAGAAAGACCUGCAAUAAGAAAAUUUUGCUUUUGCAUAUUGCAUGUUUAACGCAAUUCAAGUAUUAUUAUAAGAAAUAGCUUUAAUUUUAAAAAACCUAUCUAUUAUUUCUUUUAUAUUAAUUAUGUUAUGUCUUCAUCUUCACCUCAUUUAGACCGAGUCAUCAACUCUUAGUCUAAGAACCGCUCUUCUAGUAUAAUAUAGUAAAAAUAUAUUAUUUGCGGUCGAAUAGUGAUUGGGGAACAGUUUACCCUAUGUCACCCACCUAAAUCCACAUGUUUUCUGCGUCGGAAGUUGAUCUAUAGCCUGCAUAUAGCAUUAUGUAAUUCGUUUACUUCCCGUCUUUUCUUUUUAAAAAAAUACAACUAAAAGGUUCGGUACAAGCCUAAUCAUAGGCGUACGGGCUCGAUGAAUGUUAAGGGGCGGUGACGGUCGACUGCGAGAGGCGAAGGAGCGGGGCUUACCUUGUAUGCACCCAAUUGUAAGUUGAAAAUUUAAUCUUUUGCGUAUUCUAUAAUAGAAUCACUUUAAAUAUGAAAUUCUUUAAAUAUGAAAUUAUUUGUAUUAUAAUAUUAUCAUAAAACAUUUAUUAUUGUUAUUCUUUGUUAAUAAAGCUUAUCUGUGAUAAACACAUCAUAUACUUAUUAUGUAUGUAUCUUUCAUCAAAAUUAUCAUUCUUUUAUUAAUUUAGAACAAAAUGCAGUAUUUGUGUUAUUAUAUAACUUUUUACUGUAUAAAUUGUUGACCAAUU